AUGCCCGCUCAAACCCUCACCCGCGCCGAGGUCGCCAAACACAACACCGAGGACUCCCUCUGGUGCAUCAUCGACCACCGCGUGUAUGACCUGACCGAUUUCGUCGACGCCCACCCCGGUGGAGCCGUCGUGCUCGCCCAGGUCGCCGGUCAAGAUGCCACCACCGAGUUCUACAACCUUCACCGGCAGGAGGUCCUCGAGAAGUACCGCGACCAGCUGUGCAUCGGUACCCUCGAGGGCGAGAAGUCCGAGGUGAUCGAGCCUAAGCCCGGCGCGUUGAGCCCCGUCCCCUAUGCGGAGCCGCUGUGGCUGCGCCCGCAGUUCAAAAGCCCUUACUUCAAGGAGAGCCACCGCCGGCUGCAGAAGGCCGUGCGCGAAUUCACGGAUAAAUACGUUACACCCGAGGCGCAGGAGAAGGAGAGCGAUGGCACCUAUAUCAGCCAGGAGCUGAUUGACCGCAUGGCGGAGACCAAUGUCCUGGCCAUGCGAUUGGGCCCCGGAAAGCACCUGCAUGGUCGUUCGCUGCUUGGCGGUGUUAUUGAUGGGAAAGAGUUUGACUAUCUGCAUGAUAUGAUUGUCACGCAGGAGCUGGUGCGGGCGAAUGCUCGUGGCUUCCAGGAUGGCAACAUGGCUGGUAUGGCUAUCUCGCUUACCGCGGUGCAGGCGUGGUUGCGGAACACCGAGCUCAAGGAGCGCGUCACCGCUGAGGUCCUGUCGGGUCAGAAGAAGAUGUGUCUUGCCAUCACCGAGGCUUUUGCUGGCUCGGAUGUAGCCGGCCUUAAGACGACCGCCGAGAAGACCCCGGACGGCAAAUACUACAUUGUCAACGGUACCAAGAAGUGGAUCACCAACGGCAUGUUUGCGGACUAUUUUGUGACUGGGUGCAAGACCGAUAAGGGCUUCUCGGUGCUGCUGAUUCCCCGCGGCGAGGGCGUCGAAACCAAGCAGAUCAAAACUUCCUACUCGACUGCCGCCGCGACUGCUUUUGUGUCGUUCGAAAACGUCAAAGUCCCCGUCGGCAACCUCCUGGGCGAGGAGCACAAGGGCUUCAUUGUCAUCAUGAGCAACUUCAACCACGAGCGAUUUAUGAUGGUCGCCGCCGUGGUGCGCAUGUCCAUGACGAUUGUGGAGGAGUGCCUGAAGUGGUGCAACCAGCGCAUCGUCUUUGGCAAGAAGCUCGUUGAACAGCCAGUCAUUCGCCAAAAGCUCGCCCGCAUGAUCUCUCUCACCGAAUCCAACCAAGCCUGGCUCGAGUCCAUCGCCUACCAGAUGUGCAACAUGAGCUACGCCGAACAGUCGGCGCACCUGGGCGGACCCAUCGGCCUGCUCAAGUCGCAUGCCACCCGGUCAGCGCAGGAGAUUGCAGACCACUCGACCAACAUCUUCGGUGGCCGUGGUAUCACGCAGAGCGGCAUGGGCAAGAUCAUUGAGAUGUUCCACCGCACGUACAAAUUCGACGCCAUCCUGGGCGGGACCGAGGAGAUUCUGGCGGAUCUGGGUGUGCGACAGGCGAUGAAGAAGUUCCCCAAGGCGAUGCUGUAG